UCAGCUGAUAUAAAAGUCGGCAGUUUGUGGACAACAAGUCUGAACCGCUCCGUCAUUGUUGUGUCCAGGAGGCUUUUAACUGUCACGAUGAGGGUCUUGCUCCUGGUCGUGUUCGCGGCGUUAGCCCUCACCACCGACACACUUGUUCGAAUUCCCUUAAAGAAAUUCCGUUCCAUCAGACGUGAGCUGACCGACUCGGGGAAGACGGCCGAGCAGCUCCUGGCCGACCGGCCCUCCCUUAAGUACAACUUUGGCUUCCCCUCCGGUAGCGGACCCACUCCAGAGGUCCUGAAGAACUACCUUGAUGCCCAGUAUUAUGGUGAGAUCGGCCUGGGUACCCCUCCUCAGCUCUUCACCGUGGUGUUUGACACAGGUUCCUCCAACCUCUGGGUUCCCUCCGUUCACUGCUCCUUCACAGACAUCGCAUGCUUGCUUCACCACAAAUAUAAUUCUGCCAAGUCCAGCACCUACGUGAAGAACGGCACUGCCUUCGCCAUCCAGUAUGGGUCGGGCAGUCUGUCGGGCUACCUCAGUCAGGACACGUGCACGAUCGGCGCCCUUUCGGUGGAUAAGCAGCUUUUCGGUGAAGCCAUCAAGCAGCCCGGCGUUGUCUUCAUCGCCGCCAAGUUCGACGGCAUCCUCGGCAUGGCCUACCCACGCAUCUCUGUGGACGGGGUGGCGCCGGUCUUUGACAACAUCAUGAGCCAGAAGAAGGUGGAGAAGAACGUCUUCUCCUUCUACCUGAACAGGAACCCGGACACCGAGCCCGGCGGUGAGCUGCUGCUGGGAGGAACCGACCCCAAAUACUACACCGGGGACUUCAACUACGUCAACGUCACCCGUCAGGCCUACUGGCAGAUCCGCAUGGACGGGAUGUCGGUGGGCGGCCAGCUGAGCCUGUGUAAGGACGGCUGUGAGGUCAUCGUGGACACGGGGACGUCUCUGAUCACCGGCCCCUCUGCGGAGGUCAAGGCCCUGCAGAAGGCCAUCGGAGCCAUUCCACUCAUCCAGGGAGAGUACAUGGUGAGCUGCGACAAGGUCCCAACGCUGCCCGUCAUCACCUUAAACAUUGGCGGCAAACCCUACUCUCUGACCGGAGAGCAGUACGUCCUCAAGGUGAGUCAGGCUGGAAAGACCAUUUGUCUGAGCGGCUUCAUGGGUCUGGACAUCCCUGCCCCCGCCGGGCCCCUGUGGAUUCUGGGAGAUGUAUUCAUCGGGCCGCACUACACCGUCUUCGACCGGGACAACAACAGGGUGGGCUUCGCCACGGCCAAGUGAGCACAUCCUGCGCUGGAGCCACAUGUUCAAAUGCAACGCUUUACGAAAACAACAAACCUGAGCUGCACACCUUUUCUGUUGCUUCGCGAUCGAACAGUAAUUAGCAAUAGAUGUUUGUGUGUAGAGCCUAAAUGCACCGAUCACAACAAUGUGUACGAUUUCCAGCAGUGUGUGAACGAUUGGUGACUUGAUAUGUUGUGACUGGUGAACACGAUCAGGGAUCGUCGCCCUUUUUAAAACAUCAAAGUGAUCCUUUUUUUUUUUUUUUUUUUUUUGUUUUUUAAAUCGGGGAUUGUAAUUUGUUUUUAGGAGGAAGUUGUUCCUCUUCUACUGACUUUGAGAUGUCUUGAUGUGAUUGGCCUGAAUAAACCGUUUUUAAAAGUA